CCUUCGCCGGGUGGAGCUUGUGAACGUGGGAACGUUGGUGGGCUGCUGCUGUUGCUGCUGGAGUGAAAAUUGUUUGACAGGGAGGUGAGGCGACCUGUGCACGGGGGACUCGCAGGAGAAGUUAGUUUUUACCGUGGCGUUAGCCAGCUUUUUGAGUCAGCGGGAAGGCGAGACUCGGAGGCGACAAAUGGUUCCUUCGCGUGUAAGCAACAGGGCUCAGAGCGAAAUGUCAGGCACUGUUUCAGCCUUGAGCAGCGGGAAGCGCGACUAGUACACCGCAACGCGGAAAAUAUUCAGAGGGGAGAGAGAAUGCGAAUGGUGCGAAGAUACCGAAAUCAAACAAAAUGGAAACGAUGUAGCGUCGCUGCGGCAUUUCAUAUAGCUAGAACUAACGUUAGAGUAGAGAAUAGAUAGCCAAGGAGCUAGCACGUUUACUAACAUACAUGUAAAGUUAUUCACCAGAGAAACUGAAGCAGAGCCCGGAGGCGUCUGUUGAAUCUGAAGAGUUCAUCAGCAUUGUGAAAUUAAAGGAAAAAAAGAUGCUACGGAGAAGACUGAACCGUUGGUUUGGUGGUGAGGACAGAAGAGUAGGCAGUAGGACUAUCUAUGUUGGUCAUCGGCCGUGUCCUGCCGAUGAAGUUUUCAUCCCACCCAAGUUCUGCGAUAACAGGAUUGUGUCCUCGAAGUAUACAGUAUGGAACUUUCUACCAAAGAACCUGUUUGAACAAUUUAGAAGAAUUGCCAAUUUCUACUUCCUUAUCAUCUUCCUGGUGCAGGUGAUAGUGGAUACCCCCACCAGCCCAGUCACCAGUGGCCUACCAUUAUUUUUUGUGAUUACAGUAACUGCUAUCAAGCAGGGAUAUGAGGACUGGCUGCGGCACAAGGCUGACAAUGAGGUGAAUAAGUACCGAGUGACAGUGCUUGAAGAUGGCCGGAGGAUACAAAAAGAGAGUGAGAAGAUCAAGGUGGGAGAUGUUUUGGAGGUGGAGGAAGACGAGACCUUUCCCUGUGAUUUAAUAUUGCUGCAGUCUAGCCGAGAUGAUGGCACAUGUUUUGUUACCACAGCAAGUCUGGAUGGAGAAUCGAAUCAUAAAACACACUACACAGUGCCAGACACGGAGCGCGAUGUGGAAUCUCUCAACGCCACCAUUGAGUGCGAACAGCCACAGCCUGACCUUUACAAGUUUGUUGGUCGUAUGCACAUCUACAAAAACAAUGAGGAGCCUUCGCUAAGGUCACUGGGCCCAGAAAACCUCCUGCUGAAAGGAGCAACUUUAAAGAACACUCAAAGCAUCUGUGGUGUUGCAGUUUACACCGGCAUGGAGACAAAGAUGGCUCUUAACUACCAAGGGAAAUCUCAGAAACGCUCUGUUGUGGAAAAGUCUAUCAAUGCCUUCCUUUUGGUUUACCUUUGCAUAUUAGUGAGCAAGGCCUUAGUGUGUACUACACUUAAGUAUGUAUGGCAGAGCAAGCCUGGACAGGAUGAGCCCUGGUACAACGAGAAAACUCUGAAAGAAAAGGAAACCAAUCUGUACCUUAACAUGUUCACCGACUUCCUGUCCUUCAUGGUGCUCUUCAACUUCAUCAUUCCAGUGUCCAUGUAUGUGACCGUUGAAAUGCAGAAGUUUUUGGGAUCGUUUUUCAUAUCCUGGGAUAAAGAUUUCUUUGACAGUGAAAUUGAGGAAGGGGCACUGGUCAACACCUCGGACCUCAACGAAGAGCUGGGACAGGUGGAGUACGUCUUCACAGACAAGACGGGGACCCUAACUCAGAAUAACAUGGAGUUCAUAGAGUGCUGCAUUGAUGGCCACCAAUACAAGUACAGGGAUGCGAGCUCGGAGGUGGACGGAUUCUGCGUUACAGAUGGACCUGUGAACACAGUACAACAGAAAGCUGGCAGGGAAAGGGAAGAGCUGUUUCUGCGUGCCCUGUGCCUGUGCCACACAGUCCAGGUAAAGGAGUCUACAGAGCAGGGUCAAGGUCAAGAUGGACGGAUGGACCAGGUGGAUGGAUUAAUGGUAGAUGGACAAGUGGUCCCUCCACUGCAGGAGCAGAGGGGCUUUAUAGCCUCCUCACCUGAUGAGAUUGCUUUGGUCCAGGGUGCAAUGAGGUACGGCUUCACAUUUCUUGGCCUCGAAAGUAAAACCAUGAAAAUUCUCAACAGGACAAAUGACGUUGAAAUGUAUGAAUUGCUUCAUGUGUUGAACUUUGACCCAGUCAGAAGGCGAAUGAGUGUAAUCGUCAGAUCAAUAUCAGGUGAAACGCUGCUUUUUUGUAAGGGAGCCGACUCCUCCAUCUUCCCCAGAGUCAAACAGGAGGAAGUUGAAACGAUACGCAUGCAUGUGGAGCGUAAUGCAACAGAUGGUUACCGGACACUGUGUGUGGCCUACAAACAUCUUACCGCUGAGGAGUAUGACCAGGUAGAUUCAGGAUUAAGGGAAGCUAGACUGGCUCUGCAGGACAGAGAGGAGAAGCUCAUGGCUGUUUACAACCAAGUGGAGACUGGAAUGAAUCUAAUUGGAGCUACUGCUGUUGAAGAUCGUCUUCAAGAGGAGGCAGCAGAGACUAUGGAGGCUCUGCAGGGAGCAGGUAUUAAAGUGUGGGUCUUAACAGGAGACAAGAUGGAGACAGCCAAAUCCACCUGCUAUGCUUGCAGAUUGUUCAAGAGGAACACAGAGCUGUUGGAGCUAACAGUGCGUACUCUAGAGUCUCCAGGAAAAAGGCGUGAGGACCGACUGCACGACCUCUUGCUCGAGUACCACAAGAAAACUGUACAGGAUGCACCACCAGCAAAGACACGUGUUGCCAGGAAUUGGUCCAGCCAGGAUUAUGGUUUUAUAGUAGAUGGAGCCACUCUGUCGAUGGUGCUCAACUCAUCCUCUGAAAACAACUUACAUGACUAUAAGGACCUAUUUCUGCAGAUAUGUCAAAACUGCACGUCUGUGCUCUGCUGCCGCAUGGCUCCCUUACAAAAGGCGCAGAUAGUUAAAAUGGUGAAGAACUCCAAAGGCAGCCCAAUCACGCUUUCCAUUGGAGAUGGAGCCAAUGAUGUCAGCAUGAUUUUGGAAGCUCAUGUAGGCAUUGGCAUUAAGGGGAAAGAGGGUCGACAGGCGGUGAGGAACAGUGAUUAUGCCAUCCCCAAACUGAAGCACCUCAAGAAACUUUUGUUGGGACAUGGGCAUCUCUACUAUGUUCGCAUUGCACACCUGGUGCAGUAUUUCUUUUAUAAGAAUCUUUGCUUCAUCUUACCACAGUUUUUGUACCAGUUCUUCUGCGGCUGUUCCCAGCAACCCCUGUAUGAUGCGGCCUAUCUGACGAUGUACAACAUCUGCUUCACCUCUAUGCCCAUCCUGGCUUACAGUCUUUUCGAACAGCACAUUUCCCUUGAGAUGCUCCUGGAAAAUGCUACCCUCUACAGACAGAUCGGUAAGAAUGCCAUGUUACGGUGGGGACCAUUUCUCUACUGGACAUUACUGGGAGUCUUCCACGGCUUGGUCUUCUUCUUUGGUGUUUGGUUUUUGUUCAGCAACCCAGCCCUGCAGGAUAAUGGCCAGGCUUUUGGGAACUGGUCAUAUGGAACGAUUGUAUUCACCAUCCUUGUUUUCACUGUAACACUAAAGUUGGCUCUGGAUACACGGCACUGGACAUGGAUAAACCACUUUGUGAUAUGGGGUUCCCUGGCUUUCUAUGUGUUUUUCAGCUUCUUCUGGGGAGGAGUAAUAUGGCCUUUCCUGAGACAGCAACGGUUAUACUUUGUGUUUGCCAACAUGCUGAGCUCGGUGUCAGCCUGGCUGGUCAUCAUCGUGCUCAUCCUGCUCAGCCUAUUGCCAGAAAUCCUCUACGUGGUGCUCCGCAAGCCCCGCGGCCCUUACGCUCGACAGAAGAAGCUGGUUCAGUCAAGCGCAGGGGGCAUCCAGUCACCCCGGUCGUCAGCCAGGCCCCUGCUCAUGAGAACCUUUUCAGAUGAGUCCAAUACUGUCAGUUAAACAGGUACCAGCCAACUUUCGGGCCAUUUAAGCCAAUCAGUGAUUUGCUCCCCCAGUCAACCAGUCCAGCAGCUCUCUCAUCUCUAACUUUGAGUUUUAACAAGGAAAUCAACGACGGUAGCAUAAAGGCCGCAUUUAUUUAGACUCUUUGUGUUCUUGUGUGUUGUGUUAGGCUCAUAUUGGCUGGCUGAAGAGAUGCACUUUUUCCAUGCCUCUUGUUUUGUUUAAUCGUUUCUUUUAAACUGACCAAAUGGUGCAUUCACUUGAUAUGUGAAGGCAUCCAUUGACCUAAUGUUUCAAAAGUUUGUUUGUUUGUUUGUUUUGUGCAAACUCGUGCUCCUUUCAGCCUCCCUUUCGAUGCCCAGCUUGUAUUUACCUUUCUGCAUGCGCAGAUGUGCUUUCAAAUCCAAAUUUUUCUUUCAGCCUCUCGCAUUUUUGGACCUUGUAAGAGUGUCUGUGUGUGAUGUGUCUGUGGUGGUUUCAUCCUCUUUACCCAACAGUGUGAAACAGCAGGGCCGGUCUAUGAUUUUGGCCCCGUUUUCUGACAUAUUUGUUCUGUUUGUAACAAUGUGGUUUAAUCAUUUGUCGUGGUCACUGUCUUCUGUGUGUAUAUCCAAACCCUAACUGGUCGUGGCUGUCUGCUUACUGUUUUAUUUGUGAGUGCAUUGCAUGACUCGGUGCAUGAUGUGAUGCUGGCAUAAGCUCUGCCCAAAUGCUACUUCAUGACAGGGGGUAGACGAAAAAAAUAGCAAACACAAAAAAAUGUAAACACCGCGAAUAAUGAAAAGCAGCCGUUGCGUUGUGAUGUUGCGUUAAAUAUCCUUAGGUGUUUACAUUUUGUUUUUGUCCACCCCCUGGAUGAAGGACUGAAUGUUGCACAUAUCCGUCACUAUUGACCAUGGUCUCUGGUUGCGCAUUUUUAGAAAGAGACUGUACGACAGCUUGCGGAGUUUAACUCACAUUUCUACUUUCCCUGUAGCCAUCAUUGGAAUCCCUCCUACAAACAUCAAGGUAAACAAAGAGUCAGCACUAACCUUCUGUAUUUGCUUAGUGUCUCUGCUGAAAUUCAGUAGACUUGGAUCAAAUCGGGAUCAUUUCCUUUAUUAAUUUCUUUUUUAAUCUGGUGGAGGAAACCGGUGGCAUUGUAGUGACUUUCAUGUUGUUAAUCACUGCUUAUACAUUUGGGGUGUGAUUUCAAGGUGUCUCGGUUGGUAUGAACUUAUGACGAAGACAUCAGGUAACAUCUGCCCACCCAAUCCUUUUCAGAUUGCAGCAGUAAUGCCACUAUCGUACAAGCAUCUAAAGGAGCGCGACUAAAAGGCACAGAGGACUCAUAACAGUCACGUCAACCUCAUUCAGGGUCCCGUUCCAAGGAAGAACGUCUGCCAUCUGAAAGGAGGAGAUGGAAAAAAAAUCAGAAGAAACACGUUCGGUCUUUUGAGAGGGUUUAAAAGUCUUUUGACUUGUGUGUCUCCUUCUCCGUCCUUUGCUGUCCAACCUCAAAAAGCAGCCACUUCUCAUGCAUGCUUACAGAGCAGUGUUCUACAUUCUUUUAUACAGUAUCUACUUAGACCCCAGGCAUGAGUUUUCUUUCUUUUUUUUGUACCUUACUAUAGAAUGAAUGCAUACAUGGCUGCCUUGUCAGUAGCUCUAUUCAACUGCUGUUUUAACAAGCAGCUGAAAUAUCCACUUCAAGAAUGCUAAAUGUGCAUGAAAGAAGGCUCAAAAGAACACACAACUCCACCAACGUUUAGUCUCUGCAUUCUACAAGCUUUUUUACUAUAUUAUCAACAGUUUCAGAGGUUAUUCUCCUUUAUUGUUAUUACACUUUUCAACUGUUAAGUUUUAAAUUGUUUCAAAUAUUUUAGUAAACGCACUCCUCAACGGAUCCAAAUCAUUUGGGAUGAAAAGUUACUGAAUGUGAUUUCAGCCCAGCUCAGAUCAGCUUAACGACUGUUAAAGUGGUUUUCUGGUUGUAGAUGUUUAUUUGUAUCUAGUAAUGCCAUUUAUAUUGAAUACUAAGAUAUGAGGGGUCAGCAGAGGUCAUAUCAACCCUCAGUCCAAAAACUGUGUGUGUUUAUGUAAGGCUAAGAAAUGCAUUAGAGAUUUUAAGGAUAUUCUGAGACAUUGCUUGGAGCGUCGCCUCCAAUAUUCCAACCUCGGAGAUAAUUCAAGAGAGUCAAAUUUGAAUGAGAAAGUUAAUAUAUGUGCAGUAGUGUAGAGAUAUAUUGUUAGCGUCUGCUCGAAGCCAAAAAGAUCAGAGUCUGUCCGCACUCACGUGCCCUAAAAGUGAUGUUUUGUUGUAUGGGUGUGACACAAGUGUACGGCAAAUGCACUGGGUGAGAAUAGCCACAAAUGCCUGUGUGUAAUGUAAACCAGGAUUACUUGAAACCUUACUGAUGUAGUUCUGUUAGACAUUUUCUGCACUAUUAAGGAAACUGGUUUCUGCAUUGUGUAGAUGGUCACCAAGGCACAUGAAUAUAUAUGCCUGAGCGCACACACGCACAUAUCAGAGAAGAACAUUACACGAACUGUAACCACCUUACACAUAAUGUCACACAUGUACUAGAGCCUAAAUGAGGUAUUUGUAUUCUUAGCCAUUUACAAGUUUGCUUAUUUUGUCUCAGUCAGGCUGAAGUUGGGGAUUAAAGAAAACCAGCUUCAUCGGAAUAGUUAAUGCCACUGUGAGACUCUACUCUGUGGAGUGGACCGUUUGGCCCCUUGUUUCUUCCUUUAACUUGUGUGUAGUGCUUCAUACAUUCCAUUUAAACAUAAUUACAUGAUUUCAGACACUUUUGAUGAUGCUUUGGUUUGUUUCUUUUUUUUUUUUUGCCCUUUCUUUUCUUCACAAGUGUAUAUUGUGUACUUUGCAUAUUUAUUAAGUAAAUGUAAUUUGACUCACAAAUGUUAUAUUUUUUAUUACUUUCAGUUUUAAAUUGUGGAGCGUGUUCUGCUUUGUGUCAUUUUAGUUGGCCUGUUUUACUACAGCUCUGCUGCGAGACUGUGCCAGUGUCAUUAAAUAGUCAAUUUUAUGUACACAAAGGCAGGCAGACCCUCCUCUGUGAAGACAUUCAGCAUCCCAAAAUUAGCCUCGGACCCAAUGCCACUACUUUUUGUCUGGUGGUUUAACUGCGAGUUGAAGUUGAAAGCGAUCAUUGUUACUGAUUAUUUAUGUUUAGAUGCCAAUCUGUAUAGGAUAUGUCUUUAUGAUGAUUUUAACUACUGCUUCGCUGAUCUCUGCUCAAACAUGCUGUGUAUUAAAUCCCCCUGACUGUAACCUAAAUAGCUGUAAAAAUAAAUUUAAAAAAAAAAUCAUCUGCACAAUGGCAAAUGCAGCUGUUAGGCCUAAGGGACUUUAAGGAUUUAUAUGGAAAGCAGGGGUUUUGUUUUGUUUUUGUUUUGUUUGGUCACCUAAAGACCUGUGCCAGAGAUAACUGGAUGUAAGAUGAUUCACAGAAGGGGCUGCCUGCUUUGUUACCAGAUAUAAACCUUUAAGUUACAUAUAUAUGGAAAAAAGAAAUGCUAUUUUCGAAGCUUAAAAUGUGUUCAAAUCUAAUUUUGCCUGUCUAAAUUAAAAGUAAAAAGAAUGGAUUGUAUUUUUAAUGCAACCUUUUUCCAGCCACUUUUUUUUAUAAAAUUAAAAUGUUAAAAAAAGAAAAAAAAAAUAAGCACGAGAGGCUUUGUGGUUGCGGACCCUGUCUGUGAGGGGUGGAGGUGGGCACAGCAGCAGUUCUGCACAGCAGGGACAUCUUGCCACCUCCAGCCUUUUGGGUCUCCAGCUUCAACACUCUAAACCUCCAAGCUGAAUGUACCUCUUUGAAAAAAAAAAUUAUAUUAAAAACCAGAUGUUGUUCUUUAAUAAAGCAGAAUGUUUUGAAGAUAUACAAA